AUGGUCGCAGUCAGGACUUAUAUCCCAUACUCCUUUGCCCAAGUGGCGGGACUGUGCAUCGAAAACGACACCUUCGUCCAAGUCCACGUGAAGCAUUGCGAGACCCGACACUUCAAGAUUCAAGCAUCGAUCCUCUCGCAUGUUUCCAGCAAGCAGCAUGCGAUCGCAGGCAUUCUCAGCUUUCCGCCAGAAGCAUCGUCGAGUGAUGUGCCGGCGGUGCUGGACCUUACCGCUUUUGAGACCAGCACGGCCAUAAUCUUUCUCUUCUGGCUGGUGAAUCGUCGUCUACCAAGAUUUUCGACCGAAUGCGCACUUCAAGCGCAGCCGAAGUCACAGUCGCGAAUUACUAAGAACGGCCAAAAACCUAAUCGGAUCGCGUGCUUUACUCAGCGCGAUAAAGAAGAGCUUUACCGAGUCGGCAUGAUUGAAGCCUGGCGCCUAGGUGCGGCGCUUGGGUCUGCCACCUUCAUGAAUGAUGUCCUCACGCUGGUCGCGAUGCUGCUCGAGCGGGACGAGGCGCUCGCGCAUCGUUCACACGAUCCGGAAUAUUCAGCCACCAUCGUUUGGGCACGCCGCGCGUACGAUGCAAUGCAAGGUAGCCCUGCACAGCGGCGCGAAUUGCAAGGCUUCGCGGUUGACGUCGCCGCCAAACGAGUAUUUGAUGUGGGCGCCAGCGGAUUGAUGCUCUCGCCUGCGGAACGUCGGGCCUUGAGUGGCAAUGCUGGCUUUGCUGCUGAUGUCUUUGGCUCUCUGGGCGGACAGAUUGGGACGAGUGGUGUCGGAAUUGGCGAAUUUGUGCGCGAGUACAUGGUUCAGACUUGAUAUGGGUCUUAGUAGGGGUGAUCUUGUUGCGAGCGUAUGUCGAUGGCUUUGGCCGAAUGCAUGCUUUCCGCGCAAAACGGUGUUGCUGACUCUUCGCGAUUGCGCCCGUGACUCUCCCGGGCAAGCAGUUGGCCAUGAGACUGUGCUCUUCACUUGGCGUCUGCGGUACAAGUCCGAGACCGUCGAAUUGCAUCUGCGCACAGCACCGAGCUUGUAGCUCCGCUC